CCAUGCUUACCAUCCUGUGGAUACUGCUCAGCUUUGCUCUCCCAGUGUUGGGGCCCCACAUUCCUGUCAGCUGUCCUGAGGCCAAGGCUUGUUUCCUGGCCCUCCUCUCCAACAAUGAUGUUCUCUUGGAAUGCGCUGUCUCCGAUACACACUGGUUAUUCUCUGGGCCCAACGGAGAUGGGAAGCCCAUUGACCUAUCUAGUGUUUCCAAUAUAAGAAAGAGCCCAGAAGGUGGUCUCCAUAUCCAAAACCCAUCACCCUCCAACACGGGCCUCUACCAAUGCCAGGACAAGAAUGGAACUCAAGUGACCAGUUACAAGAUUGAUUUUCAAGAUAUCACUAGGCUGCAUGCCACGCAUAAAAACCUGAACCAGAAGCCCCUAAGGAACGAGACACUGAACCUGGGCCACAGAGAGGUGGUGUAUACCCAGUGGGAACCUUGGCAGAGAUGCAGUAACUGCGAGACACUGGGAGAGCGCAAACGCCUGGGUUACUGCUACAUCAAGGAGCCCUUGGAGGAGCCUGUACCCUGUGGGCUCUACCUGGGAGGCACGAAUGUGUUUUACGCCCGAGUAAGGCCUGAGAUGCAGGUGGAAAUCUGUCAUGUGACAUGCCAAGGCCAUCUGACGGGUGGAGAUUACAUCAUCUUCGAUAACUUCAGGUUCAUGGAGGAGUCCAAAUCUGCAUGGCUCACCUGUCCCUUUGCAUCUAUCUACAGGCCAGUCCACUGGGAAGCCAAUGACAGCUCUCUGACAUGGCAGAACCAGCUCUCUGGCCAGGAGAUCAGCACCAUCAUGGACCUGCACAGCGGUGGCCAGCAUCUGAAGAUCUUCCAGCCAGCCACUUACAGAUGUUUUGUGGAGCAGGAACUCAUAGCCCAGUUCAACCCCACACCCGCUGUGUAUCUGCUGGAGGCUGAGAGACAAUCCAAAGCCCAGGAGCCUUGGCAGUCCAGGAUCCAGCCAGGCAAGGCAGACUCCGUUCUCAGGGGGCUGAAGUUGAUGCUGCUUAUUGUCUCUGUACUGGCCAUUGGAGGGCUUCUCUGUAAGGUGGUCUUCCGUCCUAUCUGUGGCAAGAAGAGGAAUCAGGUCCUCCUGGUGAAAUAAACUGAGCCUUCUGUAGCCAAGAGGACCUGGUAUCUCUCCACUGUCCCAUCCUCAGCUCUAGUCAUCCAUAGGCAGCAUCACAUGAGGUCCUGGAGGUGUGUGAGCUAACACAGACCUGGAUCGAAAUCCAGUGGCCACUUCACUCCUUGUUCUGUGUCCUACUCGGCUAAUCUAUUGAUUACCCCCACUGUACAUAUAGGAAAACUGAGGCAAGUCUGUCUAGUCAUUGGAGAUUUGGAAUUCUUGGGUCCUUCAGAAAGAGAAAGGGGAAGGACAGAACCUUCUCAGGGUAUGUGGUGUGACUUUCUCUGGGGAGGUGUAAACAACCAUCUAUAUUUAUCCCAGAUCAGAUACUAAUGGCAGACUAAAGAAAUGACUACAUAAAA